AUGAAAGAUAAUUCUAGAUCUCCUAACGACGGAUUUCACCGCUACUUGAAGCCAGGCGCGCUUGCUCAGAUUCGAAACUCGAGAAUCAACAACGCUAUACAUCUACUUCCCUCGUGUCUCGCUCACUAUCGCAUCCGCCAUCUCCUCCUCAAACGAUACAGAAGGCAUGCCUCAUCCAGCGUGCAAGUUGCUUCUUAUUCUCUAUCGAAAAUCUCCCCUGCAUCGGCUCUCUGCUUGUUUCCAUUGUACUCUGCUGCUACAAGGUGGUGUCAUGGGGCUAGUUGGCGGUCGCCUGCGAGCCUCCGAGCUCAAACCAGGAUUACUGCUCUGGUAUUAGAGCAAUUUAAACGCAAGUUCGCUACCAUUGGUAAUUACUUGGUGGUUUACCUUUGUUUUAUAUCUUCUUUAGCUUGCAACACAAGAAUACCAUGUUUACUAUGUUGUUUUAUUUUACAUUUUGGGGAUACGGUAGUUCACUUCAAUACGGCUUAA